AUGUGCACCACUGAGCCGGCAGAAGAGGUCGAGGCAAGAGAAGAGGGGGAGGUGAGGGAGGCGAGGGAGGAGGAGGAGGAGGAGGAGGAGGAGGAGGAGGAGGAGGAGGAGGAGGAGGAGGAGGAGGAGGAGGAGGAGGAGGAGGAGGAGGAGGAGGAGGAGGAGGAGGAGGAGGGGGAGGAGGAGGAGGAGGAGGAGGAGGAGGAGGAGGAGGAGGAGGAGGAGGAGGAGGAGGAGGAGGAGGAGGAGGAGGAGGAGGAGGAGGAGAGGUCCCAGAGGAUGUUGUCUAGAUGUCGAUCGCCGAUUCCGAGGAUGUAG